AUGUUUGCGUUGUUCAACUUUCAAAGUCUGCUCUCGGUUCUCCUGCUGCUGAUUUGCACCUGCACGUAUCUGCAUUCGCUCUUUCCCAGUAUUAUAGACCGGAAUAAAAAAGGUAUGUUCGGUCUGUUCUGGAAGUUUGCACGGGUUGGCGAAAGGAAAUCCCCGUACGUUUCAUUUGCCUGCCUUGUGAUGGCUGCUUCUAUAUUAUUCUGGACAUAAUGUGUGAAUACUGUGGCUAUAAGUGUACUCCUAAUGCAUUUUGAAC